ACUGGAAAGCAAUGACGUCCUUACCGCGACUGACGGGAGCUUUACGAGCAUUUGCCAAUGUUAGCAGAGACACAGGGAUAUCACUCAAUGAUGAGCAUCAAGAGUUAGUUCGUAAGCGACAGCUUGCAGCAAAGAAACAGACAGAUACUGUCAGCUGGCAGCGACUGACGGAGGUUAUAAACAAAGAAGCUGAUGUGUCAAAGGAGGAAGUGAAAGCAGCUCUCAAAGAACUAACUCAGUACGCCAAAUCAAUAGUGGGAUCAGAAGCAGAUUUAGAGACAAUAGAGAGUUCAGCAGCAUUCCUGUUUGAACUUCUCAAGUCUGCUAAUAUUGUUGGGAAAAAAGAGACAACAAAACUUCGACAGAUCUUCGGACCAUUUCCAGCCUCAGCAGCCAGCAAUGCAUGUUCAUUGGUCAACAAAAUAGUGUCAUGGUUACCAGAAAACACACUUGAUUCCCUUGGUAACCAGGACCGACAGGAGGCAGAUGGAGAAGCCAGUGUCAAGGAGUUCGGGAUGAACAUUAAGUUCAUAGGUCAAAGUCCAGAAUCUUAUUUUGAGGACGAGGAUUUUAGUUCGGAUUCUGAUGAAGGUGAGAGGAGAGAGCUGGAUCUGAAAUAUGUAGCUUCCCCCCAUAAACCAAUCGCUGCCAAGAGGGAAUCACCUGACAAGGAAAGGUAUGAUGCGUCAUGGCUACAAAGGGAGGUAAUCAAGUAUUUUCCUGGGGAGGAAAAUUAUCUGGGUAUGAGUAGAGAGGACUUAUGCUCCACCAUAUUUGAUGUUCUGACAGCAUCCAACUCAGACGAAGAACUUCAAAAUAAUCUCUUUGAGCUUCUGGGCUUUGACAGAUUUGAACUCAUCCAAAGUUUGAUUCAAAACAAAAGAAAAAUUAUAGAGGGAGCUUUAACUCGACCAGAGAGCAGUAAACAAACACGAGCUAAAGCUGAUGGAGGAAACAGGCCACCAGUUACCCGGCCCACCUAUGGUUGUCAAGUUACUGUACAGACAGAGGAUGAGAAGCAUCUGAUGAAGAUAAUGAGGAAGGAGGAGAAGAGAGACAGGAGGAGAGACGAGGAGGAGGAAGAUGUGGGCUUCCUCUUCAAUCCUCAGCAACUCAGGGCUCAAAGAGAAGCUGCAUUAAAGGCCCCCGCUCCAAUGUUCAGUGGGGGCAGGGGAGGUUACACACCCCGAGAGAAAUAUCCCUAUGUAUUCGACUCCAUGGAAGAGGCCAGACAGUCCUCAGCUUUCAUUGGAGGAGUCAAGAUGGUUUUACCAGACACGUUCACCAGGAAGAGUACCAAGUUAGCAGAGGAGGUCAGGAUCCCCCACACGGAGGCCCAGGCCACAAAUGUGGGGGACAAGAGGGUACAGAUCGCUGACCUAGACGAUGUUGCUAAGCUAGCGUUUAAGAACACCAAGGCCCUGAAUCGUAUCCAGUCAGUUGUAUUUGAUGCUGCAUACAAGACGAAUGAGAAUCUGUUGAUUUGUGCCCCCACUGGUGCUGGGAAGACAAAUAUUGCCAUGUUAACAAUACUUCAUGAGAUGAAACAGCACAUAUCACAGGGGGUCAUUAAAAAGGAUGAGUUCAAGAUAAUUUAUGUGGCCCCUAUGAAAGCGUUGGCUGCAGAGAUGGUCCGUAACUUUGGGGGUCGAUUAGAACCACUCGGAAUUGCUGUCAAGGAACUUACAGGAGACAUGCAGUUAUCAAAGUCUGAAAUAAUGAAAACACAGAUGUUGGUGACAACACCAGAGAAGUGGGACGUGGUGACUCGUAAGAGUACUGGGGAUGUGGCACUGACCCAGCUGGUCAAGUUACUAAUUAUAGACGAGGUCCAUCUUCUUCAUGAUGACCGAGGGUCAGUCAUAGAGAGCCUGGUAGCCAGAACCAUCAGACAGGUGGAGAGCUCCCAAAGUAUGAUUCGUAUCAUUGGUUUAUCUGCCACCCUCCCUAACUACAUUGAUGUGGCCCGAUUCCUUCAUGUCAAUCCUUAUGUAGGACUCUACUUCUUUGAUGGAAGGUUUAGACCAGUCCCUCUCGGACAAACAUUUGUAGGAAUUAAGGCGACCAGUAAAGUUCAGUUUCUGCAGGACAUGAACACGGUUUGUUAUGACAAGGUCCUGGAACAAGUCAGGCAGGGUUACCAGGUGAUGGUGUUUGUUCAUGCUCGGAAUGACACUGUCAGGACGGCCAUGGUCCUCCGAGAAAUCGCCAAAAACAACGGAGAGAUGGGGUUCUUCUCUCCAGAGCAGUCCGCUCAGUAUGGGCAGGCAGAAAAAUCAACACUGAAAUCUCGUAACAAGCAGCUUAAGGAGCUGUUCCCCGAUGGUUUUGGAAUUCACCACGCAGGGAUUUAUGAUUCUAAGAAGGGAGCCUUCAUAGAUCUGGGAAUUCUGGAUGUCAUGCAGAUCUUUGGGCGAGCGGGUCGUCCACAGUUUGACAAGUUCGGACAUGGAACGAUCAUCACGGCGCACGAGAAGCUUUCUCAUUACCUGUCACUGAUGACCCGACAGAAUCCAAUAGAGAGUCAGUUUGUGAACAGUCUGACAGACAACCUUAAUGCCGAGAUAGCUCUGGGUACAGUGACUAACAUUGAAGAGGCAGUGAAGUGGCUGAGUUACACCUACCUGUAUGUCAGGAUGAGGUGCAAUCCUCUGGUGUACGGUAUCAACUAUAAUGCUGUGGAGAAUGACCCGUUAUUGGAGCAGCAUCGUCGAGAUCUGAUUGUGGACGCUGGUAGGAAGCUGGACAAGGCCCAGAUGGUCAGGUUUGAUGAGAGGACUGGUUAUUUUGCCUCCACUGACCAGGGGCGGAUUGCCAGCCACUUCUACAUCAAAUAUGACACGGUCGAGGUGGUGAAUGAGCAUUUAAAGCAAAUUAUGACAGAGGCAGAUGUAUUUGCACUGUUGUCCAAGUCUCAAGAGUUUGACCAAAUUAAGGUCCGAGAUGAUGAGAUGGAUGAAUUAGAUGACAUUCUUCACAACAUCUGUGUGAUGCAGGUGCUCGGCGGAUCAGAGAACACGUACGGUAAAGUCAACAUUCUGUUACAGGCCUACGUGUCAAGACACAACAUGGACGCAUUCUCUCUGGUCUCAGACCAGGCUUAUGUGGCUCAGAAUGCUGGUAGGAUAGUCCGAGCACUGUUUGAAGUCAGUUUGAAGAAAGGUUGGCCCGUGAUGGCGGGGCGACUUCUGAACCUGUGUAAGACGAUAGACAAGCGACUCUGGGGGUUUGAGAACCCUCUACGACAGUUCCCCCUCCUCACUAGCGAAAUCCUCAACAAGCUGGAGGCCAAGAAACUGACCGUGGACAAACUCAAGGAAAUGGACCCCAAGGAAAUAGGUCACAUGGUUCACCAUCCGAAAAUGGGCGGAGUGAUUAAAAAAUGUGUGAAUCAGCUUCCUUCAUUGGAUCUGGAGGCCAGUAUUCAGCCAAUCACACGGACCGUAUUAAGAGUGAGACUCUCUAUUCAGCCGGAAUUCAGAUGGGAUGACAAGGUACAUGGCAGCACAGCCGAAUCGUUCUGGAUCUGGGUGGAGGAUCCAGAUAACAAUCACAUUUACCACUCCGAGUACUUCCUACUGCACAAAAAACAGGUGCUAGCAGGGGAAGCCCAGCAGCUGGUGUUCACUAUCCCUAUCUUUGAGCCCCUCCCCUCCCAGUACUACGUGAGAGCCAUGUCAGAUCGCUGGCUGGGGUCUCAGAGUUCAUGUGCAAUAUCAUUCCAACAUCUCAUCUUACCUGAAAGGCAUCCCCCUCACACAGAGUUACUGGACCUGACUCCCCUCCCUAAGUCUGCCCUAGACAAUCCCGCCCUGGAGGCCCUUUACAGGUUUUCUCACUUUAAUCCGAUCCAGACCCAGAUCUUCCACGUCUUGUAUCACACAGACACGAACGUCCUACUGGGGGCCCCCACGGGGUCCGGGAAAACCGUGGCAGCAGAGAUGGCUAUAUUUAGAGUGUUCAGAGAGUAUCCCAAAGCUAAGGCUGUGUAUAUAGCCCCUUUGAAAGCCUUAGUCAGGGAAAGAAUGGAAGACUGGAAGGUCAGGAUAGAGCAAAAACUGGGUAAAAAGGUGGUGGAGUUGACAGGGGACGUAACUCCUGACAUGAGGGCGGUGGCCAAUGCUGACCUGAUAGUGACGACCCCAGAGAAGUGGGACGGGGUCAGUAGAAGCUGGCAGACCAGGAGUUAUGUCAAGGCCGUGUCUCUCCUAGUCAUUGAUGAGAUACAUCUACUGGGUGAUGACAGAGGACCAGUGUUGGAGGUCAUUGUUUCCCGUACAAACUUUAUCUCCUCCCACACAGAGAAGCCGGUCAGGGUGGUCGGUCUGUCUACAGCACUGGCUAACGCCCGAGAUCUGGCAGACUGGCUCGGAAUCAAGCAGAUGGGUUUGUACAACUUCCGUCCCUCAGUGCGACCUGUGCCCCUGGAGGUUCACAUCCAUGGAUUCCCCGGCCAGCACUAUUGUCCACGCAUGGCUACCAUGAAUAAACCAACCUUUCAAU